AUGGCGCCAGAAAAGCUGACCAAGAGGCAGCUUGUCAAGCACCGCACAUCGGCGACACCUUCCAACGGCAAGAAGUCGGGUGGCUUCCAAGUGGGACCUAAACAUCUUCCCGAUGGAGCCUACUUGGGCAAGCAGAAGCGCAUCAAGGCCGAACUCAUCCACAAGGCCAAGGUCAAGAAGGAGUACUACAAGCAGAUCAAGCAGGACAAGGCGGCAUCAGGGAGCGGCACAAGCUCGAAUGCUGCGCCAUUAGGACAGCGAGGAAGCGCAGCGCAAAAGAGAGCAGCUGCAGAGAACAACUCGAGUCUGCCCUUCUCGUUACCAACAGAUCAGGGUCGAUUUGCACCGGAGAACGGAGCAGGAGACAAUGACGGUGCGGAACUGGAUCUGGCGCUGUCCGGAAGCAAGCAGGAUCUGCGACCACGAAAGCCGACGGGCAAAGCAAGGGGCAAGAAGCCGUUGCCACAUCCGUUGCCAAAAGCACAAGCUCCUUCAAAUCAAGAGCCAGAGAGGAUACGAGACACCAGGAGCAAAGAGGAGAAGGAGCAGGAGCGUCUCAAGAAGAACAAGAUGUGGAACAAAGCCAGCGGCAGUCGUACCGGUCAAGCAAGAGGACAGCCGAACCUGGGAGCCAGGAUGGAGGUGAUGCUCGACAAGAUUCGCAAGUCUGCGAACUAG